AUGAUCACCAAACCUACCCACGGCACUUCGGCCGUACCUUCUCGCAAUGCCCUGCGUGUCCUUCGCAGGCUGGCCCUUGCCGGCUCAACUGUGGGCAGUUUCUGUACCGUUGCGGCUAUCACAUACGAUGUCCAUCGCCGAGUCCGCGUCGCAGAACGUAUAAUUGAGAACAAACGCGCCCUUCAAACCUCCGCACCUAAUUACGAUGCCACUUCCGCGGCGAGACGACUUGCUCGUAUGAUGGAAGUCGCAGAGGCUGGUGAAUUCACCAGUAUGCAUGCAUUCAAAGAGGAGGAUCGGAAAUCACGACAAGCGCAGAACUUGCAUGUGGAGGGCAACGAAGGGAGUGAACGUGAUGAGCUCGGCUCGAAUGCAGGAGUUGGGUCUUUUGAGAACCCAGCCCAGGUCGACGCUUUCUUGGAUGCUGCUCAAUUAAAUUUAGCUGGGUUAGUGAACACAAAACAGGAUACAGUGAAACCAGGUAGUUGCGACUUUCUUCCGCCUGAAUACACGCGACCUACGGAGAACCCCAACAGGUCCAGCCCUGUCAUUGGCAAAAUCGACACCUUUGCAAAUGCAUCUGAGUCGAUGGAUGUCACGGGUACAUUGCAGGAAGGACAAAACUCUAUCCCGAAGCAAAUGCAAGAUCUUCUCGAUCGAGGGCGGCCUAUUGACGCGGCGCAAUUAUUCUUGGACGCACACCCUGCGUCACUGAAUGGCCUAUCAUCCGAUAGGAGAGAGCUUGCGGUGCAGGCAUUUUUUGUCAACUGUAAACAGGAAAAUGUGUUCAUCGCAAGAAGCAUCUUCGAGCGCUUGGAGGAGGUGGACAAGGUCUCACCCAGACUUUGGAAGGUUCUCAUGUUUGCAUUAGCACGGAAGGGAUGUAUAGAAUCAGUCGCAACUAUCUAUACUCGGUACAUGCACAAAUUUCAGCUCUCGCCGGAUAUGGUAGAUGUGGUGCUACGAUGCUUGCUUGAAUCACAUAGGCUCACAACAGCGAAGUGGUUCCUUUUUAGGCAUCUGCAAUUUGACCGGGAUUGCGGCUUGUGUGGCGCAUAUCUGUCAGGCUUAUGGAAAAAGACGAGGAGUAUUGAGCUUUUGAACGGACAGUUGAAGAAGAUCUUAACGACGCUUCCCCGUUUGGGAAAGGAUCCUAGCGACAAACUCUUCAACCCAGUGGUUAAGGCAUACGUUGAGUUUGGCCGGUUAGCAGACGCCGAAGCAUUGGUGGAAGAUAUGACAACUACAUACGAACUUCCCCUUCGCUGCCGCACAAAAGGCCUUCUCGUAUACGGCAAGGCUCUCGCAUGUGACUGGGAGGGCGUGGAAGCAGACCUUCAGGAGAUGCACGAGCUUAAUUUAACAUCUCGAAGACGUGAUUUUACCCCUAUUUUUGAUCGCAUAUUCCUUGAAUAUUGGGUGUCUCAUUCAGGGCGCGAGAUCCAGGACUUCGUCCACCGCUACAUCGAUAAGCUCAAUAUCGUCCCCGAUCGGAUCCUGUACAAGCAUAUUCUGGAAGCAUUUGUGGAAAAGGGCGACAAGGACAUGAUAACUGAGUUCACAAGAAUGGCACGCGAACGUGGUUGGAAAGUCCACGUCAAUGAGCAAGAGUUCCUAGAGAUGCUACGGUUUCGUCGUUUAGCACUUGAGGGAGCGCCCGUGGGCUUCUGGCAAAUGCUGCAGGCUGCUCGGGUAAAAUAUGGACAAGCUGCUACCUCACAGCAGAUUCUCGGUUACGACCAGCGCUCAUUCCCUAUUCCCGAGGUCAAUACGAUGCCUUUCACACAAAGUUCGCUGCCGUGGUAUCAAAGAGCACUGCAGGAUGUAACACCGUCAAAGCCCGUCGAUCAGUACCAGAAGCUUCAUAAACAGAUGACGCAUUAUAUGCACGUUGGGAAGAUGACAGAAGCUCUAAAGUGCUUCCAAAAUGCAAAGAAUGCACGAUUCCAGUUCAAACAGCUUCACGUCGAGUUGGCUGCCAUUGCGACUCUACUUGAGCACGGUCUUGGCGAAGCUCGCGUGCUUGUCGAAGCUGAGUGGCGGGGCAUCCGACAUCUAAUUCGAUUCUUCCCUCAGUUCUUUCGCCAGAUCAUGGUAGUGGACGCUGCGUCGGAAGGGGACCUGAUCAAGAUGGCCGUCCUUCGGUUUUACCAGCUCUGCUGGUCGAACAAGCGAAUGAAUGUCAAGCACCAUAUCGCGGUGGCCACCAGUAGACGGUUAAUUGUGCAUAACAAGCCGGAGAUAGCCAUAGAUCUCCUAGCGGCCAUUUACAUGUCCCGCUAUACCCGCACGUUACCUUUCGAUGGGGUCUGCAUGAAGAUGUUUUUGCGUGCGUUCGCGGCUAUGGAUAACAUUCCCGGGGUUCGAUGGUGCAUCCUUAGUGGCCUUGCUCGGGGCAGUGCACUGAAUCAUGAUCUUGUGGUUGAAGUCAGCCGCGUCAUGGGAGUAUUAAAUCGCAAGUUCAGUCCUGACGGCCUCUCCACGAGGGAAGUGUCCAAACGGGCCGAGCAACUGGAGUAUCUCGGACACAUCGCCGACAUGCUCGAGAAGAAGAGUGGCGGUGAUCCUGCAUUAUGGGAGCUCAAAAGCAACCUGAACGUGAAGCGGACCUUCCGGCGGAUGCUGAAACGGCCUCUUGACGAGAGGCGGAUGUAUAAGGUAUCUGACAUUCCAGAGACGAUCGAGAGGUGGGACGAAGAAUACGAAUUGGAGGUACUUCUGGGUCGAAUUGAGAUCAACCCGAAGUCCAUCGCUGCUCGAUGGAAUGAGCGAGUGGCCUUAGGGCAGAUAUGA